AGAAGCUGAAAAAAUGCUUUCUUGUCUUUUUGAGGUUCAAACGUAUCCCAACUUCGCAAGGUGAAACGGAGGAGACAGUGUGGAAGGUGCUCGCACUGGCUUCACUAUACUGUGUCGCGAGUUUACGUCACGGUCACCAAUUUUUGACUUCAAUUUGUUUACUUUUCCAACACCAACGAAUCAAACAUCACCCCACGCCCAUCGCGCUUUUCAUUCCGCGCCCAACCGAUUCUUUAUUGCUUUCCCAACCCCUGAUCCUUCAGGUAACUUCGCGUCCGUCCUAAUUACAACACGAAUAAUUUUGCUUGUCGCAAUCGCUAGACACCAUGGCACGCCGUUCCGCGCGUCUGGCGAGCCUCUCAAAGGCAUCAAAGCCGGCCACAGAACCUCAAGAAGCUCCUACUUUAGCUCCUGUGGCCGAGCAAGACGAUAACACCCAAGAGGUCGCGCCCGAUGAAAACACAAAUGCCGCGAAUCCCGCCGCUUCUUCUCCGGUCCAGGACCCCAAGACUCCUGGUGGCUCAUCGCCCGUUAAGCCGCCAAUGUCAGAGAUGCAUCCGAGCAAGGUCCGCCCGACUAUGGGACCUCCCUCAUCUGCCCUACGCCUGGGGUUUACCGACAUUAGGCCUACUGCCAACCUCGACGACAAUCUUCCCCCCGUAGCCCACACUACUCCAUCUCGCGUUAGACCGCCCUCGUCGCCUUUCACCUUCAGUAUCAAUCGGCCAAAGCCGACUCCCGUCGCAGAUCUCGGUUUGAGUGCCGAGGCCCAGCAGCUGAUGGAGCAGGUGCGCAAGGACGCGGUCAAGUACAAGCCCGAGGUGGCAGCGCAACAUGAAGCAGAAAAGAAAGAGGAAGAGCAAGUCGGCGGCCGCAAGAUUGCUCGGGCGAAGGGAAAGGCAGGCCGCUUCAGUGCCGCCCACAUGGCUGAGUUCAAGAAAAUGGACUCGAUCCAGAACCACCCUUCUGCACUCAGGUUCCAGCCAGGCAAGACCACGCCACUCAAGGCAGGUGUCAAGCGGAGUCAGUCGAAGGCCAACCUUGACGAGCCCGAGACAUCUCAGUCUAAACAGCCAACCCCGGCCUCUGCCGUCACCGAGCUGAGAGAGGAGUCUGUGGCUCCCGCCAAGCGCGCUCGGCAGCGCGUUGAUGAAGACGCGUCUAGCAAACGCCCUUCCUCGCGUGACGGAAGCUCGAUCCCGGCUCCUAGAUCAGCUGGAUUGCGCAUCCCCCGGUCCAAGUCCAACCUCGCAUCCCUCUCGACACCGACUAAGUCGUCUUUGGCCAGGGCAGCCAGUGUAAAGACACCCUCCCAAACCUCGCUGGCUAGGUCUCCCUCGAAAGCCACGCUCAGCGGGAUUCCUCGGUCUUCCACGACGAGCCAGCUCCCAACCUUGAUCCCGGCUACCGAGAAAGAGCCGACGGAAGCGCCCGAAGUCAAGAGUCCUAUGAGCCGAAUUGAUAGAGUCAAAGCGAUGCUCCGGGGCAAGGCAACGGGGUCCAAGACCAAGAGUGCUCUGCCAAUGCCUUCAGCCUUUGGUUCCAAGACGCCGGCUCCGGUGUGCGCGGAAAAGACUAGUCUCCCUGUCCCCAUGACGACCCCAGGUCGCAAGCUUGCGAAGCAUGUUUCCUUCACACCAGAAACCAAGCGUGCAGCUCUGACCCAGAAUUCACCUUCCCCCGUUAAGUCCGGCUUGCUUCAGGCGAAGAGCAACCAGCCAAUGAGAGAGGUGCACUACCCGUCUCUCGACGGCAUGAUUGCGGAGGGUGUCAGCAACGACGUGUCGUAUCCAGAUCUUUCAGCGCAGCGUCCCCUACCCGAGCCUCCCGUCAAGUCCUUCAAAGCCGGCGCCGUGGAGUCCUCGGUUCCCAGCGAUUUCACGUUCCGCAGCGAUCAUACUAUCAGCUUUGGCAGUGCCACCACUAAAUCCUUCGGCUCUUCACCUGGCCAGGCCAGCGUGCGCGUUGUCCGCCCCUCGAUCCUGCCGACCGCCGAAACCAUGCCGGGCAGCUUCCCCACGCCGGCUUCUAGUUCCAGCUCGAGCCUCAACAAGGAGAAUGAGGCGCCACGGGAUGUCUUUCUGGCGCUGCCUCACGGCAUGUCUACUAAGAAGCGCCACCGCGUCAUCUCGGACGAGGAGGAAGCCGAGCAGGAGGCGGCGGAGCGCGCGGCCAAGAAACGCAAGCAGGAGGAGGUUCCGGAGGGCGAUGCCCUCCUAGCGCCGCGUCUAGUCGGAACGGCGAGUGUUAAGCGCGCUCUGAGCAGCAGCCCCCGCAAGCUGUCUGCCCAGAACCGCACGGCGCCGGGUACGCCGAGCCCCACUAAGAAGAAGGGGAUCAGCCUCAGCCGGCUGAACAUGCUUGCGCGUCCGAAGAUGCGGAAGUAGAAUGGCUACCCGCUUGAAGAUAUGGUGACCGAGAAUCUCGGCUUUGCGGCAACACAACGCAGCGGCAUCAUAUGAUAAUGACAUCGUCUCGGCUUCCGCCAUCUUUUCUCUCUCUUUGGCUGUCUUACCUACAACGGCUUCUUAUCUGGUCGCCC